GACACAGACUGAUUUGACAUUUUGUGCGAGCCGGAGAAACAAAGAUCCGAUCAUUAAUUGGGGCAAUUAGGGUUAGGGCUUUGAGAUAUUGAAAUCGGAGAUAUGGCCGGUGAAAUUGGAUUGUUCAAGAAGUUCCUGAAACCCAAGAGUCGACCUCACACUGUGGACAUCCAAGCCGCCGCCAUGUGGGGCGUCGCCGCCGGCACCACGGCUCUUUGGGUCGUUCAGCCAUUCAACUGGAUAAAGAAGACCUUUUUUGAGACUCCAGAACCAGAAAAGUGAAGUGAAUGAAGCGUUAUGUUCAAACCUUUUGGUUUUGUUUGUGGUAUGAGAUGGCCACCGCAAUACUCUUUUGAGGAGACUACAUUUUCAGAGUUCAUGGGAAUAAUUAUGUAUUUUUGUACUGGUAUUCGCAGUUAAUCACAUAUAAUGAAAGCCUUUCUUUCAACU